UUCUUCUACCAAUCAAGCUCCCAGUAAUAAUUCUGAUGUUUUGCUUUACCCUGUAGCUAUCUUUAAAGAUCCUUUCAGGAGUGGAAAUAAUAUCUUAGUUCUUAAUGAAUAUUAUAAUAAUGAUGAAACUUCUAAUACAAUGAAUUACUGUCAUUCUU